UUGUGUCAGGAUUGCAAGAUUCGGUUUUCAAGUGUGAUGGGCCGAUAUUUAAAAAAUUCUCAUCAGUGUUGACUGCCAACUUUGAAAAUACUCGCAUAUUCAGUCUCUCUAGUGAUUGUUUCUCAGGAAUGAACGCUCUAAAUGAGAUUAAUCUAAACUGGAACCUAUUAACAAAUGUUAAUUUGAGAACUUUUAGAAGUUCUGAGGAGAUGAAAAUAAAUACACUGUAUUUGAGAGGAAAUUAUCUAACCGAGAUUGAUUUAUGUAACAUAACAUUGCCCGAAUUGGAAAAUUUUGACUUAUCUGAGAAUCGACUCAAAAGUGUGACGUUUUCUUCACUAAAUUUACCAGUAAUUAAGCAAUUGCGUUUGUGGGGAAAUCACAUUUUUCAAUUCAAUAUUGAAAGUCAAAUGCUGAAACAUAUAGAUUUGUCUAAGAAUCGGAUUAAAUCACUCGAAGGAUCGAGUUUAGAUGCACCGGAACUGAUAGAAAUAGAUUUGAGGGAUAAUCGCCUAAUUACCAUAACACCUGACUGGUUCUUAAGUAGUCCCAAAUUGAUGUCUAUUUGGCUCAAUAGAAAUCCUUUGCAGUCUUUUAAUUUAAGAGAGUUAACCAAUAUUCAAAGAAUAGAGUUAAUUAACUCAGAAAUAACAUCAAUGGAUAAUAUCAGUCUUCCAACAUCCUCAGAUAUUCACUUGAACCUUGAUUAUACUAUAACUUUCUGUUUAGAUAGUAAUAAGUCAGUGGAUAACGUUGAGUAUUUCACAUGCAAAGUGUGCAAUAUUCAUUCUAUGGAACCAUUCUAUAUUGCCAAUACUUUUAGGAAUAUCAAGUAUUUAAGGCUUUCUCACAAUCAUUUGACCACUGCAAACAUAUUCAAUGCGAAGGAAGACUUGGAUCUCAAAGUGGUGCAUUUAAUGCACAAUUAUAUUAGGAAAAUUAACAAGGAUGACUUCUCACGCCUCACCAAUGUGAGAACCUUAGAUUUGAGCUACAAUGACAUUAAUUCUAUUGCUGAAGGAUCUUUGGACGGAAUGGAAAAACUUGAAAUGUUCGCCAUAUCAAAUAAUCUAAUUUUCAAACUGCCCGAAAGACUCUUCGAAGCUACACCAAACUUGAUCAUUCUUUAUGUGCAAAAUAACAAUUUGCCGUUCUUACGGAUUCCUGGAUGGCAAGAAGACACAGGAGAAAUCCUCAGCAAUAACAGCUCUUUGUGCAACUUGAAAGUUCUGUACAUCGCGAACAACCCUCUUCAGUGUCAAUGCGUCGACUUGAUUCGCAAAUGGGCCGGAAAUUCAGAUAUUUUUCUCAAGAUAGAUGAUGAUAACGUGAGAAAAGGUGUCAAUCCCGCUUGCAUAGCGUAUAAUCGAAUGUGCAGAACAGACGUUGGAAUAGACUUCAUUAAGAACUACUGGUAUUUGUUUAACUAUAUGCAAACUAUAGACCUUUACUAUAAUAAGGAAUACUUAUAAGC